UUUUAUAACGCCCUUCUUGAGAUAAGGUGUUUCGAGUGAAAUAUGACAAAAAGCAUGAGAGAACAAAGGAAAAAUGACGAUUCUGGAAGUUGGCUCAGAUUUUAGGAGUGAUGAAAAUCAUCGGGAAUGCAACAACAAAAAAAAAAAAAGCGCCGGCAACGCCUCCUGCCCGGGCUAUAAAGGGCUCCAAGCCCGGGGGAAGCUCACUCUCGCUGUCUGCGCUGCCGAGCCGGGUGUCCCUCUCCAGCGCCACAGCUCCACUGAUCCCUCGCCAUGAGCACCACCACUGUCAGGCAGUACUCCUCCUCUUCCUCCCUCAAGGGCCUGGGAGGCCUGGGGGGGGGCUCCAGCAGGCUUUCCUGCGUGCGCGGAGGAGGCUACAGAGCCCCCAGCGUCCACGGAGGCUCCAGCAGCUACUCCGUCUCCUCGCGCAUCGUCUCAGGGGCUGGCAGCGGCUAUGGGGGCAGCUACUGCAGCAGCGUCGGAGGGGGCUUGGGUGCUGCCUUCGGGGGUAGCUACGGGGCUGGCUUCGGAAGCGGCUUCGGGGCCGGCUUCGGAAGCGGUUUCGGAGGUGGCUUCGGAGGGGGCGAUGGCAUCCUCCCGGCCGGAGAGAAGGAGACGAUGCAGAACCUCAAUGACCGCCUGGCCGCCUACCUGGACAAGGUGCGUGCCCUGGAGGAUGCCAACACCGACCUGGAGGUGAAGAUCCGGGAGUGGUACAAGAAGCAGGGACCUGGUCCCGACCGGGACUACAGCCCCUACUACAGGACCAUCGAGGAGCUCAGGAGCAAGAUUCUUGCUGCUACCGUCGAAAAUGCCAACAUCGUCUUACAGAUUGACAAUGCCAGGCUGGCAGCUGAUGACUUCAGAACCAAGUUUGAGACGGAGCAGGCUCUGCGCCUGAGCGUGGAGGCUGACAUCAAUGGCCUGCGCAGAGUCCUGGACGAGCUGACCCUGGCCAGAGCUGACCUGGAGAUGCAGAUUGAGAACCUGAAGGAGGAGCUGGCCUACCUCAAGAAGAACCACGAGGAGGAGAUGAACGCCCUGCGUGGGCAGGUGGGUGGAGAGAUCAGCGUGGAGAUGGACGCUGCUCCUGGCAUCGACCUCACCAAGAUCCUGGCUGACAUGAGGGAGCAGUACGAGAGCCUGGCCGAGAAGAACCGCAGGGACGCCGAGCAGUGGUUCUUCAGCAAGACGGAGGAGCUGAACCGCGAGGUGGCCAUCAACACGGAGCAGCUCCAGAGCGGCAAGACGGAGAUCACGGAGCUGCGACGCACCAUCCAGAGCCUGGAGAUCGACCUGCAGUCCCAGCUCAGCACGAAAGCGGCGCUGGAGGGCACCUUGGCCGACACAGAGAACCGCUACGGCGCCCAGCUGGCCCAGCUGCAGGGGCUGAUCACCAGCGUGGAGGAGCAGCUGGGCGAGCUGCGCUGCGACAUGGAGCGCCAGAACCACGAGUACAGGGUCCUGCUGGACGUCAAGUGCCGCCUGGAGCAGGAGAUCGCCACGUACCGCCGCCUCCUGGAGGGCGAGGACGCCCACAUCUCUUCCCAGUACUCCUCUGCGAUGUCCUCGCACUCCGGCAGGGACGGGAUGACGUCCUCCCGCCAGGUCCGCACGAUCGUGGAGGAGGUGCAGGACGGGAAGGUGGUGUCCUCCCGGGAGCAGGUCGCCCUCACCACCCGCUAACGGCGCUGGGGACCCUCGGCCCCAUGCUCAGGCUCGUGGCCGCUGACCCAAGCCCUGGCCGAGGCUCUGUUCGGCUGGGGCUGUGCCGCAGGCAGCUUCACCCGGCUGCUUCUGCGCCCUGAUUUACCCUGAUUUUUGCGCAGGUGCUAACGUGCACUCUGUACACAUUUAAUAAAGCUUUUUUUUUUUCAUCCA